GGCGUGUUCGACUGCAUCUUCUUCGACGACUACGGCACGCCGGGGCGCGCCGACCGGGAGAUGGAGGACCGAGUACUGCCCGAAGUCGAAAUACCAGCGGGAGUACAGGGACUCGCUCUCGCACGAGGGCGGCACGCACUUCCACGGUUUCCUGAACAUCGUGCUGCGUUGGCAUGCGCGAGAGUCCACGCGAAUCACGGGCUACCUGGAUCGAGUACCCCAUCGCCAUGCAGCGGGACGACGUCUUGGCCUCCUUCGAGCACACUCCCGUGGACCCCCCGGCGCACUGCAACUACUGGCCCUCCGAGAUCUGCAAGCAGGCCGUGGUGCCUCUGUUCGUCAAGCAGCAGCUCAACAGCGAGCAGGAGACCCUGGCCUCACGACCGCCAUCGAGCAGCCGCAGCCUGCAAGCCCCAGCUGCAGCGAAGGCAGCACCUCGCUGCAUGGCGCCCGGGCGGCCAGCAGCGACCACAGCACCUGCAGCGGCGCCGAGGCCCUGGCGUCCGCGAAGGACGUUUGCGGCGCCCUGCUGUCCGAGGGCCCCGUCCGGCGCGGGCGUAAACGGCCGCUCAGCUGCGGCCGGUGAGGUGGCCUCCCUUCAGCGCGCGGCGGGGUGGAGCGGGAGGAGAGAGGCUGCACCAGGGAUGGGGUGCGUCUUAGAUGCCGGAUGCAGGGGCGUAGAUUCGAUCCGCCUGACAGCGAGUUUUUUUUUCAAUGCUCGCGAGGAGGGUCGAGCCCCAAAUGCAGGCGAUUUGAGUACGAGCAGUUUGAACGUUUGAAAGCUGGGCGCGCCAGCAUAGGAGCUGGAACAGUUUUCUCAGCGCUUGCAGCGCGCCUGGCUGUUUUCAAGGUCCAGUCGGCGCACGAAGUUGCCCCCCUCCGUGUUUCAAGAUGCAGUGCUCUCGUUGGCGCACCUGAGCAUUGACUGCAAGAGUUUUUUCUGCGUUCAUAGGAAAGCCUGGUUGGUCGAGACCAGAUUUGUACAGAUCGGGGGCGCCCGGGCACGGCCGGCGUGCUUUCAAUAGGCGCCCGGCCUGCGGUUUUCGGCUGGUGCCCGCCACCGUUUAACAGAAGGCUUCCCCGCCCGUCUCGCAGGCGUAAUCGUGGGCGCACCAAGGCGCACACUCGGGGCUCGGCCCUGCGGCGUCGGGCGCGCAGCCGCCCGCCGUGUUUCAAGCGCCCGCGCCCGCUCCCCCGCUGCCUCCGCCCGGCUGCCUCCCCGUGCCACGCCCUCCCAAUGGGAGGAGGGCUCGGGUAUUGCGGAAUUGUAGGGCGAGGGAGACGAGGAGGUGGGGGCAGCGCGCGUUCCACCACAUUUAACUCCGUUUCUUCCUGAAGGGCGGGCAAAUUAGAGAUAAGUCUGCAGCGGCGCGC